GGGCCGCUCCGCUCCGCGGGGGCAGGCGGUUCCGUGGUACCAUGGCCCUGGGCCGGCCGGCAGAGCGGGCAGGUCCCGGCGCGGCGCUGGCGCUGCUGUGGCUGCUGGUGCGGGCGGCCGCCCUCCCGGCCAUGUGCCCUCCGGGGGACGCGAGCUGUCGCUUCCUCAGCGUGGCCGACCUCUUCGACCGCGUGAUCCGGCACUCGGGCAGGAUCCACAGCCUGUCCACCGAGCUGGAGAAAUACUUACCGCCCAGUAACAGCAUGCUGGGCAGGCCGGCGAGGAAGUGCCACACGGCCACCAUGCUGACCCCCAACGGCAAAGAGUACGCCCAGAAAAUCCCGAGAGAAGAACUAGCCUACUUGAUCCUGAAGCUUCUGCAAGCCUGGAAAGAGCCACUUUCCCACUUUAAUCAGCACAUUGAAAACUUUCAGGAGCUACCUGGUGAGAGCCUUAGCAAAGCAAAACAAAUCAGCAGCAUGGUACAUGAGCUGGAGACAGGGGUUGAGAAAGUGACAGAAAAGAUGCAGUCAAUGGGCAUCAUCAGCAAUUCAUUACAUGGAAUGGCAUCAUCUGAAGGUGCUGGCUUAUCAAUUAGUAAUGAAGCAAAUGUGAUGAGUGACUCUGACUUUAUUCACUGUUUCAGGAGAGACUCCAAUAAAGUACAAAGCUACUUAAAAAUUCUGAAAUGUAGGAUUAUGCCAGAAAACAGUUGUUGAGUAGUAAUCUCUUAGCAAGCAGUUUUCAGCAUGCUGUUUAUUUAAAUAGAAAAAUAUAAUUUAUUUGUAGUAAGUUUAUUAGGAAAAAGGUUUGGAAA